CACCCAUGGUAAGGGCUCGUUCGUGUUACUCCGUGUCAGUGGCAGGUGGCUCAGAUGAAUUUAGGGGCUGCUGGUCAAUCCACGCUCCAGGUCACACCCAAAUUCCUGGCAAAAUCCAAGUCUUUCAUCGUUCUCUGCCACUGCUUUAUGCUGCAGAUACCUUUGGUGUUGGUGCUGGGAGACCUCCACAUCCCCCAUCGCUGCAACAGCCUCCCAGCCAAGUUCAAAAAGCUGCUGGUGCCUGGGAAGAUCCAACACAUCCUGUGCACAGGGAACCUCUGCACCAAGGACACCUAUGACUACCUCAAGACCCUGGCUGGGGAUGUUCAUGUUGUCAGAGGGGACUUUGAUGAGAACCUGAAUUACCCCGAACAGAAAGUUGUGACUGUUGGACAGUUCAAAAUUGGGCUGAUUCACGGCCAUCAGGUGAUCCCCUGGGGUGACAUGGCCAGCCUGGCACUACUCCAGAGACAGUUUGAUGUGGACAUCCUCAUUUCAGGACAUACACACAAAUUUGAGGCGUUUGAACAUGAAAACAAGUUCUAUAUCAACCCAGGAUCAGCUACAGGAGCCUACCAUGCCUUAGAGAACAACAUCAUUCCUUCAUUUGUGCUGAUGGACAUCCAGGCUUCUACAGUAGUUACAUAUGUCUAUCAACUAAUUGGAGACGAUGUGAAGGUAGAAAGAAUUGAGUACAAGAAAUCCUAAAAAUGUUUUUGCUUGUCUGGUAUUUUUACCAUCUCCUCCUGAACUGCAAGUUCCAAAACUUGAUUGCUCGUUUACAGCCCUGCACUGUCGCUAACAGCUUAACAAUGUAACUUCUUGGUCAUGAAUUUAAACAACCUCGUGUUUGCUUUUCUCUGUAUGAAUUGAUUUGUAAAAUAUUCCAUUAAGAUAACUGUCUAAAUACUGUUCCUUAAUGUUGUAAUAAACUCCACUUCAUAGAAAA